AUGAAGACCACUUGGAAGGAUAUCGCGCCCGUCCCUACCUCCCAAGAAUUCAUAGACAUUGUUCUCAGCCGGACACAGCGGCGACUACCCACCCAGAUUCGUGCAGGCUUCAAAAUCAGCAGAAUUCGAGGAUUCUAUACACGGAAAGUCAAAUUCACUUCCGAAACAUUCUGCGAGAAGCUGCAAGCCAUACUCGAAGGAUUUCCUCGCCUCCAAGACAUUCAUCCCUUCCACAAAGACCUCCUCAAUACUCUCUACGACGCAGACCACUUCAAAAUUGCUUUGGGGACCUUGUCAACUGCCAAGAGGCUGAUAGAAACAGUGGCUAGAGACUACGUCCGGCUCCUCAAGUAUGCGCAGUCGUUGUUCCAAUGCAAAUCUCUCAAGCGCGCGGCCCUCGGCCGAAUGGCCACAAUCUGCAGAAGAUUGAAAGACCCUCUCGUGUAUCUGGAGCAGGUGCGACAACAUCUUGGGCGUCUACCGAGCAUAGACCCAAAUACUCGGACGCUUCUCAUCUGUGGUUAUCCAAAUGUGGGGAAGUCCAGCUUUUUAAAAUCAAUCACUCGAGCGGAUGUUGACGUCCAGCCCUACGCUUUCACCACCAAAUCACUCUUUGUUGGUCACUUCGACUAUAAAUAUCUCAGAUUUCAAGCUAUUGACACACCGGGUAUCCUCGAUCACCCAUUGGAGGAGAUGAACACGAUUGAAAUGCAAUCCAUUACAGCAAUUGCACACUUAAGAUCCGCCAUCCUGUAUUUUAUGGAUCUAUCCGAACAAUGUGGCUACUCAGUCUCGGCGCAGAUGGCGCUAUUCAACUCAAUCAAACCGCUCUUCGCCAACAAGCUUGUGUUCAUCGUGGUGAACAAGACGGAUGUCACGAAGCCGGAAGACUUGGAUCCCGAAACCCAGCAACAGCUGAAAGAUCUGCUGACUCAAAACUCCAACACCGAGCUUCUUCAACUGUCAUGCGUCACAAAUGAAGGAGUUCAGGAGGUGAAGAACACCGUUUGUGAUCGGUUGAUUGCAGAUCGCGUGGCGGCAAAAUUAAAGGCCGGACAAGCUGCCCAGUCCGCCACGGCCGAUGCGCCAACAGGCCGUCUGGGCGAUCUUCUUGCCCGAAUUCACGUAGCCAGACCCUUGGAAGGGUCGGUGAGCGAGACCUAUAUCCCAGAAGCUGUCAGAAAUGGCACCCACAAAAAGUACGACAGAUCAGAUCCCGAGAGGAGGAAACUCGAGCGUGACAUUGAGGAGGAAAAUGGAGGUGCAGGCGUCUACAACAUCGAUCUGAAGAAGUUCUACGAUCUCGCUGUCCCAGAGUGGAACCAUGACAAGAUCCCCGAAUUCUUCAACGGCAAGAACAUUGCCGACUAUGUUGACCCUGAUAUUGAGCAGAGGCUUGCGGAGCUGGAAGCUGAGGAGGAGAAGUUGACCGCAGAAGGAUUCUAUAACGAGAGCGACAGUAUGGAAGAUGAAGAUGACGCAGAAAUCCGCAUGAAGGCAGAUUUAAUCCGCAACAAGAAGACGCUGAUGAUGAACGAGGCGCGCAUGAAGAAAAGCUUGAAGAACAAAGCUCAAAUACCACGAGCCAAGAAAGCGAGGACAGUUGGUCAGAUGGAGAAGCAUUUCACCUCGAUCGGGCUGGAUGCAUCGGCACCUGCUGACCGAGCAAGGGCGGAGAUCCGUAACGCAAAGCCUGCUUCAGUCGCCGCCGACGAGAUGGAGCUUGAUGAGACGGCCUCUGCCAGACUGGCCAAGUCUCUGUCCAGAGCACCGAAGACAAACAGGCUCACGGAUGGGCUAGGCAUGAGUGCGACAGGAGUGACCGACCCUGCCAAGCGAGAAAAGGCGCAGCGCAUGGCGAAACUGAGCCAACGGAAGAUGAACCGUAUGGCCAGACAGGGCGAGGCAGAUCGCCACGAGACGGCUUCACUGCCCGCUCAUCUGAUCAAGGGCAAGAGGAAGAUGGGCAAGACGCGCUCCAGAUGA